CUGCCCUUCAAAGGAUAAAAGAAAAUACAACAGAACAAAUGGAGGGAUAGACAAAACGACAAAAACCUCUUACCCUCAUUCCGGUUAUAUUUUUCUCACCGCCCUGACCUUACCAAUACAUUACCUCCGGGCAGUUUGGGAAGAGUGUGUUCACUGUUCAGUGCAAUUACAAGGUUUUAGAAGUACAAAUAUGGACCUUAUAAAAGUUUUGCACUGAAUAUAUUUGUAUUUGCACUCUUUCCAAACUGAGCCUUGAAGAGAGCAUCAUGUUCUGGUGUGUUCAAACUCCAAAUUUCCAUGUUACUCCCAUGAAGUCCUAAUAGUUUGGCACUUGUUCUCUUCAUCCUGCUUCUGCUACAAACUGGCUCCACUUUUGUUUUGCAAACUAACGAUAGCUGAUAGCCUACAAACUGGCUCCACUUUCAUGGAAUGCAUUUUAAUGACUCCCCUCCAGUGUGAGCAGAUUUUGAGAGUCAAAAUUGAACAUGAUCAAAAAGAUUGAAAUUGUAAGAAGAGCAGUAGAUACAAGGUCGAUGAGGAUGAGGAGUAUUGGAGGCAAAAGAACAAGCACGAACAGGGGCAUAGGUCUCAUAAUUUUGCUCACUUAAUAUUACAGUCAGCUCAACGUUUUAAUAAUGCUAUGGUUGGACCACGAUCAUGGAUAGGAGGGCUCUUUAAUCGCUUAGGCAAUAAACGUCGUGGAUCUGACAAAUGUCUUGACUAUACUUUGAGCCCACUUCAGGAAGAAAGAUGGAAAAGGCUUCAAGAAAGAGUGCAAGUACCUUUUGAUGAGACUCGCCCAGACCAUCAGGAAGCUCUUAGAGCAUUGUGGCGUGCUGCUUUUCCAGAUGUUGAUCUUAAAGGCAUGAUUUCUGAGCAAUGGAAAGAUAUGGGCUGGCAAGGACCUAAUCCAUCAACUGAUUUUAGGGGUUGUGGAUUUAUUUCACUUCAGAAUUUGUUGUUCUUUGCCAGGACAUAUCCGUCUUCUUUUCAUAGGUUGUUGUUCAAACAAGAAGGUGAGAGAGCCACUUGGGAAUAUCCAUUUGCUGUUGCAGGAAUUAAUGUAUCAUUUAUGUUGAUUCAGAUGUUGGAUCUAUAUUCAGCAAAACCAAAAUGUCUCCCAGGAUUAAACUUCAUAAACCUCUUAUCAGAAGAUGAAGAAGCUUUUGAUGUAUUGUAUUGUAUGGCAUUUGAAAUGAUGGAUGCCCAGUGGCUUGCCAUGCAUGCUUCUUACAUGGAAUUUAAUGAGGUCUUACAAACAACACGGACCCAACUGGAGAGAGAACUUGCUUUGGAGGAUGUUCGUCGUAUUCGAGAUUUACCGGCUUACAACCUGUUGUACCAGUAACUUCAAUUUUUCUUAUGAAGGCUUUUUGUUCCGCAAUAACCUGUGUUUUACCAGUAGCUUCAACUACUGGCAAGGGGGCAUGAAUUUUUGUAGAACAAUAGAUCUCAUUUCCUAGUAGCUCAGUUCUCUUGUAGAACAACAAUAGUCAUUUCCCACUAGCUCAAUUCUUCUCUUGAUAGAGUCAUGCCAAAUUGGUAGGGGAGCCAUGAGUUAAGGUAUGAUAGGUGUUAUUUGAGACAAAAAGGAGCUAUUUAAAAGGAAUAAUUUACUAAACUCAAUAUUGUGUAUACAAGAA